CUUAUCUAAAGCCCUAUGGCCACCUCCCCGAGAUGCUCCGUUGGUUUUUCCCCUGAGCCCUAAUCUUUGCCAUCUUGGGCUAAGUGGAUUUCCUGGGUCACAUGGUGAGAUAAAAGGUCCCCAAAUCCCAGGCUCCAAACAAAUCAGGUUCUCCAUGGGGAUUUAGAGGAGAGCCCACCCGGGACACCGCGCUGCUCGGGGGCACCCCAACGCCAGGGAUCGGCCUCUCGGGGCUCCUCUUUCCUCCUCCAUCACCCAUCGCCGUUCCCAAAGGAGAGCUGGAAAAGCCUGGGGACCUCGAGGAGCUCGAGGCGUUAGAGGAGGAGGAGGAGGAGGAGGUGGUGGAAGACGAGGCCAUGGGGAGCGGGGCCAGCGCCGAGGACAAGGAGAUGGCCAAGAGGUCCAAGGAGCUGGAGAAGAAGCUCCAGGAGGAUGCGGAUAAGGAGGCCAAGACGGUCAAGUUGCUGCUGUUGGGGGCCGGUGAAUCAGGCAAGAGCACCAUCGUGAAGCAGAUGAAGAUCAUCCACCAGGAUGGUUACACGCCCGAGGAGUGCAUGGAGUUCAAGGCCAUCAUCUAUGGCAACAUCCUGCAGUCCAUCCUGGCCAUCAUCCGCGCCAUGUCCACGCUGGGCAUCGACUACGCCGAGUCGUCCUGUGCGGACGAUGGGCGGCAGCUCUUCAACCUGGCUGACUCCAUCGAGGAGGGCACGAUGCCCCCCGAGCUCGUGGACUGCAUCAAGAAGCUCUGGAAGGAUGGGGGGGUCCAGGCUUGCUUCGACCGCGCCGCCGAGUACCAGCUCAAUGACUCGGCCGCGUAUUACCUGAACCAACUGGACAGGAUCACGGCCCCUGACUACCUGCCCAAUGAGCAGGACGUGCUGAGGUCCAGGGUGAAGACCACGGGCAUCAUCGAGACCAAGUUCUCUGUCAAAGACCUCAAUUUCAGGAUGUUCGAUGUGGGAGGGCAGAGAUCGGAGCGCAAGAAGUGGAUCCACUGCUUCGAGGGGGUGACCUGCAUCAUCUUCUGUGGGGCGCUGAGCGCCUACGACAUGGUGCUGGUGGAGGACGAUGAAGUGAACCGCAUGCACGAGUCCCUGCACCUAUUCAACAGUAUAUGCAACCACAAGUUCUUCGCCGCCACCUCCAUCAUCCUCUUCCUCAACAAGAAGGACCUGUUUGAGCAGAAGAUCAAGAAGGUCCACCUCAGCAUCUGCUUCCCUGAAUACGACGGUCCCAACACGUUUGAGGAUGCAGGGAAUUACAUCAAGACGCAGUUCCUGGACCUCAACAUGCGGAAGGACGUGAAGGAGAUCUACAGCCACAUGACCUGUGCCACAGACACCCAGAACGUCAAGUUCGUCUUCGACGCCGUCACGGAUGUCAUCAUCAAGGAGAACCUCAAGGACUGCGGCCUCUUCUGAGCAGCGCGUGGCAGAAGAGGACAGGACUUCAUCCCCAUCGCCGUUCUGCUGCGCAGAGCCAAAAGGAUUAACCAAGACACACACAGAUGAUGUCCUCGGAGCCCACUUUUUCUAUGUCCUGCCCAACCACGUCACCUCCCUUCAGCCCAGGAUAGGAUGGGGCUAAAGCUGAAAUCCCUGCUCCCUUUCG